UAUUUUGUUUGAUUUCAUCUGCUCUGCUUGGGAUUCACAAACAGGAGAGGUUGCUUUCUCAUCAUUUCCAGUUUGAUUUUGUUUCAAUUUCGUUGUGUGGUAAGUAAAAAUCAAAUUUGUUAGAUUUUGUUUCAACUUCAUUGGGAUAAUUUCCCACAAGUUUUCUUUUCAAUUUCGACGUUUGGGACGAAUUUUUUUGAUCGAUUUACCAACAAGUCAACAGAUCAACUGAUCUACCACUUUGUCUCGGUUAAUCAGCUUUAAUUCUCUAUGGUAUUGAUUAUUUUGGUUCAUCAGAUUUGGUAUCUUAAUUUGUGAAGAGCCACUUCUGAUGCCAACUUUCUGGAGUACGGGAAGUGUUAGAGAAUAUGACGCAUUAUAAUUCUAUUUCUCCACCAGCAUCAAUUAGUCUGGCUGUGUCUAUGGCAAAGAGUGAAGAUGAUCAUCAUGACGAUGCUCCCCUGAACUCGAGGUCCCUUGAAAAAGAAGCAACUAUUGAAACUUUUAGAAGUCACAGAAAUGGAAGUAUUGGAUUAGAUGUGGUGGAGAAUAACCUUAUGGAAAUCAAUAAUAUCAAAAACAGAUUUGCUGAAGAAGAACCGGAACCUGUAAAAACUGUAAAAUAUGAAACAGAGACAUACUAUCCUUCUAUCGAUGAUUUCCAAAUCUGGCUUCCCCCUGAAGCAGAUGACCAGGAGGAUGAUGUUGAGGGUAGUGUGGUUAAUUAUGAGGACGAUGACGACGACGACGAAGAGGAGUUUGGCGACGGUAUGAAAUGGGGAAAGCCAAGUAAUCUAAGUAGCUUUCGUCAAGAAGGGAGUGGGAGCAUUAGGUUUAGAGAGGAAAAAAGAAGAGCAAUGGAUGAGGUUAUGAGUGGAAAGUUUAAGGUUCUUGUGGAACAUCUUCUUAACUCAAUGGGUAUAUCUUGCUCGAGAAAUGAUGGUGAUACUUGGGUGGAUACAGUUACAUCUUUGUCAUGGGAAGCUGCUUCAUUUAUGAAGCCAGAUGCUUUUGAAGGGAAAGCCAUGGAUCCUGAUGGAUAUGUGAAGGUCAAAUGUAUUGCUACCGGUUCUCGAAGCCAAAGUGAAGUGUUCAAGGGCUUGGUCUUCAAAAAGCAUGCUGCUCAUAAGCACAUGCCAACAAGGUUCAAAAGACCAAAACUAUUGUUGAUCAAGGGUGCACUAAGCGGUUCUGAUGGAUUUUCAUCAUUUGAGUCAAUGAAGCAGGAGAAGAACAGACUUGACACUGUUAUUGGGAUGAUAGAGAAAUGCAACCCAAAUGUUGUUUUAGUGGAAAAAACUGUUUCUCGUGAUAUUCAGGAGUUUAUUCUUGCAAAAGGGAUGACACUAGUCUUGGAAAUGAAAAUGCACCGCUUAGAGAGAGUUGCUCGUUGUACCGGUUCACCAAUCUUGUCCUCUGAUAAAUUAAGUGAUGAAAAGCUAAGGCAAUGUGAUUCAUUCUAUUUUGAAAAAAUUAUAGAAGAACAUGCUGCUGUUUGUGAAAGUGGAAAGAGGCCACGGAAGACUUUAAUGUUUCUCGAGGGAUGUCCUAAACGUAUGGGUUGUACGAUAUUGCUGAAGGGAUCUCACAGUGAUGAACUUAAAAAAAUUAAAAGUGUUGUUCAAUUUGCGGUUGUUAUGGCAUUUCAUUUGAUCCUUGAGAGUUCGUUUCUUCUAAAUCAGAGGGCAAUGUUUUCCACCAUUUCUCCCAUUGGCGUAGCUAUGUUUUCUACCAAUACCCCUAUUGAAGAGAUUAUACCAUCAAUCAGCAAUCAACCUCUUGAUUUAGGAUUUAAUGAUUCAAAUAUACCUGUUGCCAAGGAGUCUAAUGCUGGAACUGAUUCAGUCAAUGCAAUGGAUGUCCCUAUCUCCACUGAAUUUCAGGAGAAAGGAUCUGAAAGUGCAGAACUAGAAGGGGAUACUUUAUUGUCAUACGAGCCAUACAACCCAGUUUUCCUUUCCGGGUUAUCAUCUCUCUCAGCUUCGUUAAAGAAAGUAGUUGGGUUUCCUCUAUUCAAUCCUAAUCAGAGUAUGUCCACAUACUUGGGCUCUAAUGGUGUGAACUCCCCUGAUCAGACCGGAACUUCUGUUCAAGUAUUGAGCUCUCUUGAGGCUGUUGACACCGCUGAUGUGGGUGCGAAAGUUAGUUCUGAUGAAGAUAAGAUCCUUGACAAUGAUCAAUUGCAUUUUUCAUUAACAUCUAGCAAGGAUUCUUCGGAGACAAAAGGUUCUGAUGAGCAGAUGCAGAACAAGGAUGAUAUCAGCACAGUGUUGGAAUCUGAAAGUAUUUUGGUUUUGAUGUCCAAACGAAAUGCCACAAGAGGGAUCAUCUGUGAGCAUAAUCGUUUUUCGUGUAUCAAGUUCUACCGAAAUUUUGACGUCCCCCUUGGAAAGUUUUUGCGGGAUAACUUACUCGAUCAGAAGAUCUUAUGUAGAACUUGUGAUGAACCACCCGAAGCUCAUUCUUACUACUAUGCACAUCAUGAUAUGCAACUCACAAUUCAAGUCAGACGUCUUCCUAUGGAUAAGCACUUGCCUGGUGAAAAUGAAGGGAAGCUUUGGAUGUGGAGUAGUUGUGGGAAAUGUAAACCCUGCAAUGGAAGCUUAAAGUCUACCAAAAGAGUUUUAGUUUCUACUGCUGCACGGAGUUUGUCUUUUGGGAAGUUUUUGGAGCUGGGUUUUUCAAACCACUCAUGUGAUAUACCAUCUAGCUGUGGACAUUUCUUUCAUAGGGAUUAUUUUCACUUCUUUGGAUUAGGCUCCAUGGUUGCAAUGUUUAGAUACUCUCUAGUAGCUACUUACUCUGUGUCUCUGCCACAUUGGAAGGUGGAGUUCAGCAAUUCAAUUGGAGGAAAAUUUCUGAAAAAAGAAGUUGAAGAUGUGUACGAGGAAGGGCUUUCGAUGUUUGCUGAGGUUGAAAGAUCUUUGAGAAAGAUGGAAUUUGAGUUUGUGGGAUCAAUGUUGAACCUUCAAGGAUCAUUGAAGAAAUUCUCUGAUAUUCAGGAGAUGCUGAACCGAGAACGUGAUCAGUUUGAGGUUGACAUGAAAAACACUGCUAAUUAUGGGAACACGGAUGAUGCUUCUAAGAAUAAUUGGGUGUACAAGCCUCUAUGCUUAAAUCAUGUACAGUGGGAACUUCUGCUUGAAUCAUGUAUCUGGGAUCAGCGUCUGCAUUCACUUUUGUCAUCUGAUCUUAGAGCGGUUAACCCUAAAAGCAUCGAGGAGGAUGACAGUUCUGGACAUGGACCAGAAGGUGAAGUAGUAGUUGCUCAAUGUGGUGAAGAAGAUUCUGAUGAUAUUGCAGAGCUGAAAAGCAAUCUGGAGACACCAGAAGAAAGUGGUUCACUAUUGAAAGAAAUCUCUAUUGAAGGUGAGGCAUUGUCAAACCAGGAUGUCUUUAUUGAAUCUGGCUCCUCAAAUCAUUCUGAGGUUGGUGAAGAAAAUGGUCUAAACUAUACUCGUGCUUUUUCUUCUCGAGUGGGAAAAAGUGGAAAAGCUUCUGUUUCCGAGGAUGCUGCGAGAAACACUGUUUCUGAUGUAAAGGGUAGAUUUUCUUUUUCAUUGUCGGCAAAAUUAGAAGAUCCUAAGGGAUGGAUGUGGACCCCUUUUCAGCAAAUCCAAAGUGCUUAUAUGAAUGAUCUCCAGAGAGGUUACUUGCCAGAGUUUGAACCUAUCAAUAGCUAUACUGCAGGAUCCAGAAUAUAUAAGAUGAUUACUGAAGAGGGAUCAAGGCUUCAUUUUCCACUGGAUGCAGGCAAUUAUAUGGUAUCGGAUUAUGAUGAUGAGUUGUCUAGUAUAAUUGCUUGUGCUUUGGCUUUUCUCAAGGAUCAAAAUAUUUCCCCUGAAGAUCUUGAUGAGGAGAAAAACUCAUAUGGCAGUUCACAGAAGAUAUCCUCUUUGCCUUCCUCAAAUUGGUCUUCGUUCGGCUCUGUUGAUGCUGAUACUUCACUUGGCCUUCCAUCGGAAGAAUCACAUUUUUUUAGCUUUGAUGGGCUGGAAUUGUUGGAUUCUGUUGCUUCUUCAAGGUAUCUUCACCCAGUAGUGUCUAUGGGUAGGUUAGCUAGCAAGGCUAAAUAUUCGGUAGCUUGCCUAUUUGCCAAUGACUUUCUCCAACUUCGAAGUCAGUGUGGUUUAUCUGAACUAGAUUUUGUUGCUUCCCUAAGCCGCUGUAAACACUGGGAUGCCAAAGGUGGAAAGAGUAAAUCUUUCUUUGCUAAAACUCUUGAUGACCGGUUCAUUAUAAAGGAAAUUAAGAAGACCGAGUCUUAUUCGUUCUUGGAAUUUGCUUCGGAUUAUUUUGGGUACAUGAAUGAGUGUUUUAAACUGGGGAAUCAGACCUGCCUUGCAAAAAUUCUAGGGAUUUAUCAGGUAAAAAAAAGGAAGAGUGGGGCGAAACAUGAUCUAAUGGUGAUGGAGAAUAUUACUUAUCGUCGAAAUGUAAUAAGACAGUAUGAUCUGAAAGGAGCUCUACAUGCACGUUUCAAUUCUGCUGUUGAUGGGGAAGGAGAUGUUCUUUUGGACCAAAAUUUUGUAAACGACAUGAAUGUUUCUCCUCUAUAUGUCAACAGGAAAGCAAAGCGAAACUUACAAAGGGCAGUGUGGAAUGACACUGCGUUCCUGAAUUCGAUCAAUGUGAUGGAUUAUUCGUUGUUGGUUGGAGUGGAUGCUGAAGAAAGGGAGCUUGUAUGUGGGAUAAUAGAUUAUGUGAGACAGUAUACAUGGGACAAGCAAUUGGAGAAUUGGGUGAAGUUGUUUGUGGUUCCUAAGAACCAUUUGCCGACUGUAAUCUCUCCAAAAGAGUACAAGAAGAGGUUCAGGAAGUUCAUUGACACACACUUUUUGAGUGUGCCGGAUGAUUGGUGCUCUCAGAGGUCAUCUAACCCUUGCAGCCUUUGUGGCAGUGCUUGUUCACAUUCAAACUCCUCUUCUUCUUCUCAUGGUUGAUAUAUAUAUACAUAUAUAUAUAUAUAUAUGUUGUACAUACAAACAAUAUUAUUGCAUGAUAUGAGAUGAUCCCCCACCUAUAUUGCAAUUUUUGAGCAAAUGUUUGGGGAUUUAGUGCUAAGCACCAUGUUGUAGCUUCAUAGGUGAAUAAUGCAUAUAUAGAUAGCAUCACUAUUUUGUUACUGUGAA